CUGCUCGUCUGCUACAUUUGCCGUGGUACAUGGUCGUUCUGGUGUUCUGUGACAUGAUUCGCUUAUUAAUGGUCCGAUAACGUCGGAUCUGCACCUGGACGUUGUUUCAGAAUGGUGUUGCCGUAGUCCCUCGCGUCAAGUGUUCUCUGCUUGCGUGGUUAAAAUGCAGGGCUUCGUCGCGCUUGCUGCUGCAAGGUGCCCGCGUCCUCUGGCCCUCGUUGCGACUUUGGCGCGGCGUCACCUGUGCAGCAAGAGUGACCACCAGAGACUGAUCGUGUGCGAGUCGCUGGCAAGCUCGCGCAAGCUAGUGCGACUUCGCGGUGCCGAGAGCCUAUCCUUCUUGCAAGGCAUGGUCACCAACGACACGCGGCAUCUGAGUGCGGCUAGUGAAGAGGCGGCCGGCGGCAAACCCCGCCGUUGCAUGUACGCGCUCAUGCUAAACAGCCUCGGACGCGUGCUCUACGACCUGCUCGUUUAUCGACCAGGUACCAGCGAGGACGAAGUGCUCGUCGAGUGCGACGCGGACGCCCGGCAGGGCUUGCUGCGACUGCUGAAGCUAUACCGGUUGCGCAAAGCCAUCGAGAUCGAACCGUGCGACGACCUGGACGUCUGGGCCGUCUUCCGUCCUUUCUGCGGUGCCGUGGACGAGCCGCCGCCGCCCGCGGACGACCACUGGCCGGUCGUGACGAAAGGCCGCUGCGUCGUGCGCGACCCGAGGCUCAGCCUCCUGGGGCUUCGAGUGCUAGCGGACGCCGGAGAAGACGUGGCGAACGCCGACCCGACCCUGGUGCGCGCCGACGGCGAGGAACCGAGCUACCCGCUGCUUCGCAUGCAGCUGGGCGUGGGCGAAGGGCUUCGCGAGCUCCCGCCGGCGGCCUGCUUUCCGCUGGAGUGCAACGCGGACUACUUGGGCGGCGUGAGCUUCCACAAGGGCUGCUACGUGGGCCAGGAGCUGACCGCGCGAACGCACCACACGGGCGUGGUGCGCAAGCGCCUCAUGCCGGUCAUCAUGCUACGCGAAACGAGCGCGCCGCUGCCGCCCGACGCGGUGGUGCGGAACGCGGCCGGAGCAGCGCUGGGCAAGCUCCGUGCGCACCGCGGUACGCUGGGACUGGCGUUGCUGCGCGUCCAGGAGGCCCUAGCUGCCGACACGCUGCAAGUGGAGGGCGUGCCGCUGAGCGUCGCUAAGCCCGGAUGGUGGCCGCGCCAGGUCGCGAGGCCGGCCGCUGCAGUCUCUGAGGGACAGGCGACCACGUAGGCCUACCCGAUGUCCAAAGCUUCGCGGAAAUCCUGUGGCCCACACUUAAUACGAUCUAACACGUUGCGUUUAUGCUUGCACUUUGUGGAGUCUUGCAGUUCUUUCGUAUCUCGAGGGCUCCCUUAUAUUAGCGAGUGACGAGAGGUCGCCCCAUUGAUCACAAGCACAAAUAAGGAGCGACUCCAGUUAACACCACUUAGCACAGCCCGCCUGUCUACACUCCUGUAUGCCUCACAAUUGGUUGUCUGCUCAUGCCGUUGUUGCCUCAUAAGAGAUAAUAAUAAUUGAUGGGGGGUUUUACGUCCAAAAACCAUGAUAUCAUUAUAAGGGACGCGGUAGUGUAGGGCUCUGGAAAUUUCAAUAUACGGCUCUGAUUUCAACCAUCUGGAGUUUUUUAACGUGCACCUAAAUCUAAGGGUUUCGUGGGUAGCAUGACAUGAGGGCCAAAGGAGUGGGCUAGGGAAGAUCCAGGCUGCGACAGGGCAAAAGGUAGCCAAAGAAAAAAAAAUAUGUUUAAUUCAUAACAAGGACAAAGUAUGAAGCAUGUGGAUGAAGAAGCUCUCAACGCUAGAUGCACCGGCCUUUUAUAACCAGCGAGACGCUAGGAGAAGAAUGCAGCUCCACAGUUCAGAGAGUGUCCAGUGUCUCUGAUCUGAGAGGGAUGCCAAUAAGGGAGAGAGCACAGCACAUGGGCUGCACAUUCUGAACAACUCGGCGCUGGGGCACAUUCUUCGGAAGCCACGCUCAGAGUCCAGCCUAGGGAAGCCUUUAGGGUCGCAGCACGUUCAUAACAGCCUCCACUGAAAUGUGGCUGCAUCGGCCAAGAUUCGAUCCCGCAACCUUUGGGUCAGCAGUCAAGCACCAUAUUCACUAGACCAACACGAUGGCUGCCUUGUAAGAGAGGCAGAUGUUUUGUUCUUGGGCCUAUGACUGGCUUUGUUUGUUUUGUUAUCUCUUAGGUCUCAUUACCGUUUGCAACUGCAGUUACACGUCUGAAAAGUUGAGUAGCAAGUGACUAACCAAAACAGUCUCUUUUUGGCAAACUUUUAGAGCUGUAGUUAGUUCAGUGAGCUGUUCUCAAUUAGCUACAGUUUGUGUGAACACUGCAAACCACACAUAGAUGAGCAGUGUGGAUGCUGAGGUAUUGAAUACGACCCAAUAUGUGCAUGUACGGUACAGUGCACUAUUAGAGGGAAUAUGGGAACGUGUGGUGGGUGCGCUGUGCAGAUGAUGCUAGGUGAAGAGGACAUGCCAAAUCAUGCACAUGCUCUCCAAGUGUGCAGGGUUUCGUUUCUGUCACUUCGAUAUAUGGUGCCAGAAGGCAAGAGAUGCAAGAUUGUGUGGCUCUGCACGAAGGGGUAUGCACAGCAUAUUAUUUAGAAGCUGUCAGGCACGCCUCUGAAGGCUGCAAAGUGAGGCAACAGGUCACCAAGUGCAUUAAUAAACCCGUAGCGUUGAUGGAGGCAUUGUACCGCUCACUGCCCACAUGCAUGAGUGCAGUCAAUGGCGACAUAAUGCGCACUUAGAAAACGGCCGGUCUGCUAGUCAAACGACAUUUCUUGAAGUAAAUGAAGCCACCCACGAUACAAAUGGUGAGUUGUUUCUUGCGACGUCAUAACUUCAGACCAGAAGGCUUCUUUCACCAAGAGUAAAAGCAAAUGUGGGGUGCAAAUGUCAACACUUGUCCCGUGCUGAAAAUCUGCUUAGAACGAAUAUUUUGUGCAAAGGUUUCAAGCAAGUGCGUUCAUCAAGCAGUGAUAGCACAAUGAGUGGCAGCAGUGCUUUGUUGCAGGCAAUGCGAAAUGUCUCGGCAUUUGAUGCUUGCAGAGCAUGCCUGUGAUGGGGCAUAUUCUUCAUUGCCUCGCAUCUUUAGCACAGCACAGUUGCCAUGUGCUACGAUGUUCCCUCUAACAGUGGACUGCACUGUACAUGCUUUACAAAGACUCACUGUCACAAUGCAUGGCUGUGCUGUCUUAAAUGUUGGCUGUACUAUAACAUGCAAAUAGCGAUGUUAAUAUAGAACUCCGGCGCAACUGACGCAACUCGGUAUAUGCACAGAAACUUGCAUGGCGCAUAUCCUGCUGUAACGAUCAUCCUAU